AUGUCACAGACUGAACACACAACAUUUACAGCUACACCAAUGGCCACUGCAUCAACAUCAUCAUCUACAUUACAGCCAUCGAAUGGCUUCACAUCAUCGAGUUUAAACAUUAGAAACAGAAUUACAAAGAAUGCUAUAUCAGUAUUUGAUCUACUAUCAAUGUCAGGGGCAGACGACGAUGAUGGAGUAUAA